AUGUUUGUCGGGGCGAGCCCGCCAGGCAGCUCUUCGCUCUCGCCCCAUGUCGACUUUGAGGACAACAGGAUCAAGAAGGAAAAUUGGGCUGUAUUGAAGCCGACAACUCCAUUCGGAACGCUUCCAAUCCUCGAAGUCGAUGGCAAAGAGCUCGGCCAGUCGAAGGCCAUCUACCGCUACUUGGGCAAGCAGUUCGGUAACUUCGCCGGCGCCGACGAAUUUGAGUCCGCCCAAAUUGACCAGUGGGUCGAUCAGCUCCAAGAUUACGACACCGCCAUGCGGCCGUGGUCAGCAGUAGGCAGCGACAAGGAGAAGUUGUACAAGGAAGUCGCUGAGCCAACCCGUGAUCACCAUUUUCCGCUCAUCGUCAAGCAGCUCAAAGCUAAUGGAUCUGGAUUUUUAGUCGGCUCCAAGGUCUCCUGGGCGGACUUGAUCUUCGUGAACGCCUUGGAGAUUACGCUCACCUCGGCGCCGAACUUCUUGGACAAGUACCCGGAGAUCAUCGCCUACGUCAACAAGAUCCACGAGAUCCCCGAAAUCAAGGAAAGGAACGAGAAACAAGGAUUGAACUAU